AUGCAUGAUCCUAAAGUAUCUUACAUGAAGGUUUGGAAGCUAAAACUCAAAGAACUUUUUUAUAGUAUUCCUACCUUAGACGAGCGUCAUGCGUUGGGCGGAGAGGGUUAUAGAGCCGAUAUUGUCCUCGUGGAUUUAGAGAAAGAUAAAAAGCUAUCCAUGUUGAAGCAACUGAUUGUGGUAUUAGUUAAAGGAUUAAACUCAAAUCCAGCUGCAAUAAUUAAGAAGAUUACUGAUUUUGGUGUUAGUGAAAUUAUGGAAAGUGCAUCUGGUCAAGCAAAUACUUUCAUUGGCACGUACAACUAUAUGUCUUCAGAGAGAAUCAAUGGAGGCCAGGGUGGCUACAACUACAAAAGUGAUAUAUGGAGUUUGGGACUAAUAUUGCACGAGUGUGCUAUGGGUCGGUUUUCAAAAAAGGCCACCAAAUCAAAGUCAAAUACGGGAAAGUAUAAUUGA